AUGAAGAAAGAUUAUGAAAUAAUGGAAAAGAAAAUGAUAGAACAGGAAGCUGAAAUUCAGAAAUAUCAAAGAAAAACCGUGAGGGAAAAUGAGUGUCAAACAGAAGUGAAAAUAAGGAAAGGGAACAGGAAUGAUGAAAAGUUAGAAAAUGAUAGAGUGUUUGUUAAAAUGGAAACCGCAGAAAAGGAUGUUGUAAAACAAAUAAAGAACAUGUUACCUACGAAAGACCUUCAUUAUGAAGAUGAUGAGAACACCCUUAAUCACAGAAAUGAAAAGAACCAGUCUGAAAUGAAAAACAUUCAAGAACAAAAUAGGUUCAAUGGUCAAAGCGACCUUGGUUAUCCACUUCUUACAAAACAACAGACCAAUGAUAUGGAAAAUAAAGUUCGAUUUCAAGAGAAUCUGAAGGCAAAUGAUGAUGUAAUAGACUUUUAUGAUUUUACCUGA